AUGCACCAUUUAAUUAAAUAUGGUAUACCUAAUCAUGUAACGUUUUCUCCACAUUCGGAAGCGGAAUCUUGUCCCGAUAGUCGUUCUAAUGAAUUGAAUAUUUCUACCAAUGCUGCCGAAAUAAUUGAGGAGCAGACGAUGGCAUAUGUCGCGUUUAGACCAUAG